AUGAGAAAGUACGACAAACUACAACAGAAAGCCACGGACGAAACAUUGACGCUGGACAGGCGACGGACAGUGGUCAACCUCUCCAGCCACACCUUGAGCGAAGCAACCACAGCAAUGCUGGCCAAGGGGAUGAAUUUCGCAGUUGCACCUAAGCGAGUUCCAAAAGAAGAUAUCAUAGAAUCCGUAGAGGCUUCGGUACGUCAUCUGCCACAGGCCGAGGCGGAGAAGAUCCGGCAGGAAACGGUCAGAGUUCUGAAUAAAGCAAAGUCACCGAAGCAAAACAUCAACGCUGAGGAAUAUCAUGCCAUUAAGGAACUCAGGGACAACCCCCACUUAGUAGUGGUACAGGCAGAUAAGGGCAACGCCACUGUAGUGCUGGACACAACUGAUUACAACAGACGAAUGGAAGAUAUUCUCGCAGAACCUAUCUACAAGAAACUUCAGGGAGAUCCGACGGCCAAGGUAAUCAAAACGACGCAGGCACUGCUCAAGCACUCUAGAAUCAACUUCGACAAGGCCAGAAGAUUCAUCCCGCAAGUGACACAGGCACCAAGGAUAUAUGGUGUACCGAAGCCACAUUGUCACAUGGGACAGGACUAG